AUGUUACUCUUCAAAAAUAUUUGUUAUUCUUUAAUUGUUUUGAUAUGCCGUAAUUUUGAUAAAAUCAUCUGUAAGUACAAUUCGGAGCGUUUAUACCGUAAAGAUGACAAUCUUCCUUUUACCUGUUUUGGUGACGCACCAAGUGCAACCCAUGAGAAUGUGUCUCUGGCAAGGUGCAGUCUUGCUUGCAACAAUUUGAAGAAUUGCUUAGUUUUCCAGUACUACGAAACGAAUAAAUGUGAUUUGUUUGUAACGUGGAGUAUUUGGAUCAAGCAAUCUGUUGGAGGAUGCUCAUUGUACACCAGGGCAGGGUUAUGCCCUCCUUCGUUUGUUUACUUUCCUUUGUCAAACUCUUGCUACAAAUUGGAGGUUGGAUCGUGGAACUGGGAGCAGGCGAGGAGCUGGUGCAACCAUCUGUCACCACCAUAUACAUUUCCUGCUAUUAUUAACACAACGAAAAAGAACGAUGCCGUGACGUUUUAUUUGAAUUCGAUAAAAGAUUCAAACAACAUUGAUUGUUAUAAUUCUGAUUACUUCUCACGAAAAAUGUGGAUUGGCGGGCAAAGAAUAGAUCCGGCAAAUGUUUUGACAAUUUUUGUUUGGAAGCCGUUUCCUAAUGUUGCACUAAGCCUGGGGAAUGAAACAUUUUGGUUUCCAACCCAACCGGAUGCGUUUUUGGGAUCGCUUUUUCUAGAAUCAUGCAUGACGUUCUGGCAUGAUAACUUCAAUUGGAAUGACCUAUCGUGCUAUUAUGCCAAAUGCGUGCUAUGUGAAGCUACACCAAUACUCAAUUGA